AUGUCGAUAAAGACGGUUAGUCGUUCGAAUAUGAAUCAAAUACCAAAUGAUAUAUUAAAUGAUAAAGAAUUAAAUGAACAAAUGAAACAAUUACCAGAAAAUUAUAAUUUUGAAAUUCAUAAAACAAUAUGGCGUAUUCGAACACUAAAAGCAAAAAGAGUUGCAAUGCAAAUGCCUGAAGGACUUUUCGUAUUUGCUUGCACUAUUGCUGAUAUAUUAAAAACUUUUACCAAUGUAGAUAUUGUUUUGAUGGGUGAUGUAGCAUAUGGAGCGUGCUGUAUAGAUGAUUAUGGUGCUCGUGCACUUAAAUGUGAUUUAUUAAUUCAUUAUGGACACAGUUGUCUUGUGCCAAUUGAUGAAACACCAGGUAUUAAUAUAUUAUAUAUAUUUGUCGAUAUUCAGAUAAAUGUUCAACAUCUUAUUGAUACAAUCAAACAUAAUUUUAAAUCAGAUAUAAAAUUAGCACUUGUUAGUACAAUACAAUUUUUAAGAACCUUACAGAUUGUUAGUCAAGAAUUAAAAUCACAAUAUGCUGAUAUCAUUUUACCACAAACAAAACCUUUAUCACCUGGUGAAAUUCUUGGUUGUACAUCACCAGUAAUCGAUAAAUCAUAUUCAAUACUUUAUAUUGGAGAUGGCCGUUUUCAUAUUGAAUCAAUGAUGAUACAUAAUCCACAUUGUCAAGCUUAUAAAUAUGAUCCAUAUUCAAAAGAACUAACACAAGAAUAUUAUGAUACGACAACAAUGCAUUCUGUUCGUCAAAAUGAAAUAAAAAAAGCAGCACAAGGCAAAAUAUGGGGAAUUAUUUUAGGAUCAUUAGGACGUCAAGGUUCACCAAAAGUGUUAGAGACCAUCAAGAAACGUCUCAGUGCAAAUGAAAAAAGUUUCAUUCAGGUUGUGAUGCCCGAGCUGAUGCCAGAAAAACUUCAAUUAUUUAAACAAGUUGACGCAUGGAUUCAAACAUCUUGUCCUCGUUUAUCCAUUGAUUGGGGUGCUGGUUUUCAAACGCCUAUUUUGACGCCGUACGAAGCAAUGGUAGCUCUUCAGCAAGUUGAAUGGCAAAAAAUUUAUCCUAUGGAUUUUUAUUCACAAAAUAGUCUUGGACCAUGGACUCCGAAUAAUGGUGAAAAUCGUCCUCUAAAACAACGACAACAACGAAAAAAAAUUGAAAUUGUUUAUGAUGAUAAAAAUUUACUAAAUGGUACAGAUCAGACUAUAUUAAAAAUAUAUUCAUCAAAAAUGAGUCAACCAACAGCAGAAAAAAGUGUACAAACUCAAGAAAAUUUAUUUAAUCCGAAUAUAAUUAUUAAUACGUUGAAUAAUUAUCAUGAAAAUACGACUACCGAAGUAGCAAAUACGUUAGUGUCAAUGGCUACUGUUGCUCAACGACCAAAUGGCAAGCAAACAUCUUUCACCUGUAUUUCUCCACAAUCAACCCAUGCAUUACCCGUGAUAUCUCUUGCCGAUUAUAAUUGUAUCCCCACAGCAUCAGUUCUUCAAGCAAAUGUACAAACAAAAUUAUUAGCAAAAUCAGUUUCAGUAGAUAACAAUCGUCGAGAUUUGAUAGUAGAAAAUGAUGUACAGACUCAAGAAACAACAACAAUCAGUAAUACGACAAAUAAUGAUAACGAUGAAUGUUCAAUGGAUGAUACUAGUUUUGAUUCAUCAAUGUCAACAAGUAAUUAUCAAAGCUCAAGUAAUACAACUAGUGAUAAAAAAACAGAGGGUAAAGAUUCAAAUAAUAAUAAAAAAAGAAGUAGUUAUAAAAUGAAAACGUCAUUAAUGAAAAAAAAUGAAGAUGAAGAAAUAAUACAGUAUGGACCAAUUGCUGUUAGACCGAGAAAAAGAACAGCUCCAACAUUGGCUAAUGGAAGAAAAAGUAAAGAUGAAUUCUUACCACCUGAUGAAGAUGUUAGACGUAAACAACGACGAGAAAGAAAUAAACAAGCAGCAGCAAAAUGUCGAAGAAAACGAAAUGAUUUAAAGGACAUAUUAGAAAAGGAGGAACGUGUAUUGAUGGAACAGCAAGAUGGAUUGAAACAUUCACUCGAUUCAUUGACAGAACAUAAACAACAACUUGAAUCAAUACUUCAACGACAUUUAUCUCAAUGUACGAAAAAACUGAAAAUUUCAACACCAACCACUAAUAAUAUUACGAACACAAAUUCAUUAAAUCAUUCUAAUAUUUUGACGAAUAAAGAAAUACGAAACGAUGAAAUAAAAUCACAUUAUCAAUCUCAACAUCAUAUAUUAACAACAGUAAAUCAAACACCAUCAACGAUAUCAAUUGACAACAAUAAUAACAAUGGUAAAAAUAGUGCCGUAACAAUUAAUUUGGCUAAUAUUAAUCCUAAUGACCUAUUUACAUUAAAUUCAUCGCGUACAGUAACAGUGCCCGCAACAACAUCGACAAAUACAGGAGACGUUUCAAUUCCAAUGAUAACAAUUCAUAUUGGACCAGAAUUUGCACAAGCAUUAUUACAGAUGCAACAAAAUGCCGUAUCUGUUGAACAAAAAUCAAAAUUAACAGAAUUAUUUGAUACACGACCAUUAGCGAUGACAUUAACAAAUUUAAAUUGUUUACCGAACAAUAAUAAUUCAACAACAAUACCCACUCUCACACUAGCUCCAUCGUCGACAACAACUAGUGCAGCAUUAGAUAUACAAAAUAAAAAUACAAUCAGUAAUAUAAAGAACAAUAAUAACGACUAA